UUUGGUACUGUAUGGGAUUUCUACAUUCGAACCUGAGCUAUAUAAGGUUCAAGAUCGACAAGGGAUAGAGAGCAGCCGUUGGACACCAUGGGUAAAGCUUCCUUGUUAUUCCUGAGUCUCAUCGUUGUGCUUCUUGUGCCGCUCUCGCGCUCGGCGUCGGUGGUGACCCAUCUCCCGGGCUUCCAUGGCCGCCUUCCGUUCCACCUGGAGACCGGGUACAUCAGCGUGGACGAGGAGACGGGAGCGGAGCUCUUCUACUACUUCGUGGAGUCAGAGAGGAGGCCGGACACGGACCCCGUCAUCCUGUGGAUGACGGGAGGGCCUUUCUGCUCUGACAUGAUUUUCUUUGAAGUUGGUCCUAUGAAAUUUGUGCUGGCACCUUAUAAUGGUAGUUUGCCACAGUUGGCCUAUAAUCCAUAUUCAUGGUCCAAGACAGCAAACAUCAUCUUAUUGGAUUCACCAGUGGGUACUGGUUUCUCGUACGCUCGUGAUAUGGAAGGUUAUCGUGAUAUUGGGGAUUUCUCCUUUUCUUUGCAUGUCUUAAUAUUUCUCAACAAGUGGUUUAUCGAUCACCCACGCUACCAAAAAAAUCCUUUCUUUAUUGGAGGAAGUUCAUAUGCUGGAAAGAUGUCUCCAAUUAUCGCAGACCACAUUUCACAAGAAAUCGAACAGGGGAAGCAACCCAGGAUUAAUCUCAAGGGCUAUCUAGUCGGCAACCCUAUUACAGGCUCCGAUUAUGAUGACGAUUUUAGAGUACCAUAUGCUCAUGGUGUUGGAAUUAUAUCUGAUCAAUUAUAUGAGGCUGCAAUGCGGAACUGUAAAGGAAGCUAUAUAAGACCGACGAACAAAUUGUGCGCCAUGGUGCUAGACACCUUUGCAAAUCUCAUAUCUGAAAUUAAUCAAGGACAAAUCUUGAGUGUCCGUUGUGGACGGGGUAUGAUACCACAUAGAUUUCUGUCAGAAGAAUACAGUCAGUUAAGUGAGACGUCUCCUGAACAACCUAGCCUGAAAUGUUCUGAAUAUUUUGACUACCUAUGUCAUAUUUGGGCGGACGACGAUUCCACGAGAGAUGCUCUUGGGGUGAAGAAGGGAACAUCCGGAGAGUUUAUAAGAUGCAGGAAAAGUAUCCCCUAUGCAUCAUCCGACGUUCCGAGCAGCAUAAAGUACCAUUUCAGCCUCAUAAGCAAGGGCUACCGUGCGCUUGUGUUUAGUGGAGACCAUGAUAUUGUAGUACCAUUUUUGAGUACACAAGCAUGGAUUAGGUCCUUCAACUUCUCUAUAGUCGAUGAUUGGAGAGCAUGGCAUCUCGAUGGCCAGUCUGCCGGAUUUACAAUCACAUAUGCCAACCAUAUCACAUUUGCGACGGUAAAGGGUGGUGGCCACGUAUCCAUAGAAAACCGACCUAAGGAAUGUCUUGCCAUGGCUCAACGGUGGCUGAAUAACGAGCCUCUCUGAUGUGCCCUAUUUAAUUACCAUGUCCACCCUACUCUAAUCAUGUGGCAUUUUAAUAUUCAAUAAAAGUCUAGACCUACACAAACUAUUUUCAAAUGAAGGCCCAGUUUUAUACAAGGUCCGCCCGUAGUAAAAUGUUCCUUUCGCCUAUUAUCCAUAAACAUUGCUCGAAGUAAUACAUCUUUGGUCACUACUAGGCAA